AUGUUACUACUUCUUCUAUUUUUCUCCUACUUUUCAGUUUCAGUGCAAGGUUUUAUUCAUUUUUUUGUGUUAAAUUAAUGAAAAAAUAACAUUUUUGUCAGAUCCGUUCCGAGAUAAGGUUACGGCAGCGUUCAAUGAAGCUUUUCAUGAGAUUCGAAGUGAUUUUUAUAUUUCCGAAACGAGUCAGGCGCAAAAUUUCAGCAUUGCUGCACUUACAGCUAUAAAACUCACGAGGUAUUAUAAGAACUUUUUUGAAUUGAAAUAUUUGAUGUAAACCUUUGCAGAUUGAAUUCAAAUACUCGACGUCAACUUCCUCGGAAUCUAUGUCCUUUGAAAGAUUUCCGAUGUAAUUAUGAUGUUUAUAGAUCAACUGAUGGAACAUGUAAUAAUGCGUCUCGACCUCUGUCUGGAAGUCGAUACACCUCAUUUUCUAGAAGAAUUCAUGCAACUUAUGAUGAUGGUUGGUAAAAGAUUCUGAACAUUUGGGUUACGACAAUCUGAACUAACAUAUUUUGAGGAUAUUUUUCUCUAGGUUUCGUCUUAUGCGAAACAAUAUGUAUGCACUAAUUUUUUUGGGUUACUGUAGGUUUUCCAAAUGAAAAAUAAGAGUAAUCUAAAAAAUUUGGAACUUUUUCUGAAAACACGAAAAAAAAUCCCCUGUUCCAAAAAACAAUUUGUAAAAAAAAAUGAAAUUUUCCUCUCCUCAUUUACCAAACCUCCAAAAAUAAUUCUAGACAUCAACACACCGAAAUUCUCGAAUCGUCGUGGUCGCCCACUUCCACCAGCUGAUAUCAUAGCAGAAACCAUCGACAAAAAACUACGUCAUCAUGCUGUACCAUUAACGCGAUAUUUUAUAGAAUUUGCAGAUUUCUUAUACAGGGAUCUAGCUGAAAUUGUGACUUUUCAAGAUCCGAUUUCUUGUUGUCAAUCAAAUAAUAAAGAGUGUUUCUCAAUCGGUGAUCAGUAUGUCAAACUAAAUAUCUGAAUAGUUUUCCAAAAUUGUUUUUUUUUACAGCGGAAUAGAUUGUUAUAUUCGAUCAGCCGCUGCUCCACUUCCUUAUUGCUCUUUUGGUCGACGUGAACAAAUGAAUGCAGCUACAUCUUUUCUUGAUGCUGGCCCUAUUUAUCAUCUCAAACAUGUCUCUGAUGGAUUGCUCCAAUUGAAUUCUUUAUUCGGUGAUAAAAAUUCACUCAUCUCGAUUUUUUCAAAAGAGCAUAAUUAUGUUGUUGAACAUUUGAGACAUCUUUAUCCUCGCUUAGAUUCUCAAACUUUAUUUGAAGAAGCAAAGAAAUUUGUGAUUGCUGAAAUUCAACAUAUCACUUAUGAACACUUUCUACCAAUUUUGCUUGGUGAUGAAACAAUGCAAAAAUAUCAUUUAACUUCGGAAUCUAUGGAUGAAUUACAUAAUCCAAAUACUUUAAAUGAGUUUGGCGCGGUUGUUGGACAGUUCUACAAAUUUAUGAUUCAUGGGUCAAUUGACGAUGUUUCCGAGUAAGACUAUUCUAGAGAAUUUUUUGAAGAUUUCCCAAAAAAACUUUUUCUAGAAACACAUUUAUAUUCCGUCACGCGCUUUUCGAAAAACAUUCCCUUCUUUCCAAUUUGAUUCUACGUGGUCGUGAUCAUGGAUUAGCUACUUACUCUCAAUGGGUUGAAGAAUGUGGUGGUGGAUAUAUCAAAUCAUGGGAUGAUAUUUUCGAACUCAAACAUCUCACAAAAAUCAAAAAACUUUUUCCAAAUGUAAAAUCCUACUUUUUAAAUUUUAUUGUAUUCUAUUCACAAAAAAAGACUAUUUCCAGGUUCGAGACGUUGAUUUGAUACUUCUCGGAUUAGCUGAAAAUCCAGUUUAUGGUUCAAUUAUUGGGCCAACUUUUGGUUGUAUUUUGGCUUUACAAUAUCAAAAAACCCGCUUUGGAGAUGCAUAUUUUUAUGAUCGACAUUUGAAUGAAGAUCAACUUUCUUUGAUAAAAUCAUCAGCUUCAUUGAGUUCAAUUCUAUGUCGAAAUGGAAUAGUUUCUCAACAACAAUCAAAUUCUUUUAUUGCCCCCGAUGGUUUUAGAAACUUUCCAAUUAUUUGUAAUUCAACAAAUUAUGCCAAUUUUAUUGAUUUUUCCAAGUGGCUACCGUACUCCGCAGAUCGAGAUAUAACUUAUAAAUAUCAAAAGAUUCUUGAUAUUUGUAUUGAUGAAGUUAAUUCUGCCAGACAACAACAAUCAACUGAUAACUUUAGAAGUGCGUUUUCCUGGGGAAUAUUGUAAAACCUAAUUAAUGAAUUUUUUCCAGCUGGGUUCUCUCAUUAUGCUGCUCUAAACUCUUAUGGUAGAAUGAUGUUAGCAAAAGAUGAAGCUGUAGCUGAAGCCAACAUUUCAUUCAUUUUGAUUGAGGCAACAAAGAAAAUAGUUAGAGAUAAAGAUGUGGAUCUAAAUACAAUUCAAGGAAUAAAUAUUGGAACAGAUUUCGGAAAAGCUCCCGAUGAAACUUGUAAUCCAAAACCUCUCCCAUGCGAUCCAACAAAUCCUUAUCGAACUUAUACAGGAUGGUGCAAUAAUUUGAAAAAUCCUUCAAAAGCCAACACAUUUACUGAAUUGAAAAGAGUAUUCUCUCCACAAUACACAGACUCUAUUGAUUUUCCAAGAUCUCGAUCUUCAAAUGGAAAUCCAUUACCAUCUCCACGAACAAUUUCGAAUGUUGUUCAUCACGCAAGAAAAAUUGAGCAUAAACAAUAUUCACAUCUUCUUAUGGAGUUUGGACAAUUUAUAGAUCACGACAUAACACAUUCUCCAGUUGAUCAAAAUACAGAUGGAACUCCUUUGAAUUGCACAGCGUGUGAUUCAUUUAAUACAGUAUCUCCAUCGUGUUUCCCAAUACCUGUUCCUAGAGAUGAUUUGAUGUUUCCACCUGGAUCUUGUCUAUCAUUUGUGAGGUCACUGCCAGCUCAGAAAACGUUGGGAUAUCGCAACCAAAUGAAUCAGGUAAAGGGUUGUUUUUUUUUUAAAGAGUUUGAGACAAACAAAAAUAAGUUUUGAGUUUUGAAAAGUUCGAAUUCCAAAUAUUUCGGAACCCCUAGAUUUUCCAAACUUUUAGAUAACUGCAUAUUUGGAUGGUUCAGUAAUGUACGGCUCGACAAAAUGUGAAGGUGAUCGUCUCCGAACUUUUGAAAAUGGCAAACUCAAAGUCACUCGUCUAACAUCUAGUUCCUCGCAUUAUGGUUUGACACUCUCUCAAUCAAACGCUGCCGAACAAGAUGGUUGUGUAUCAUCCCCUGAUUUCCCUUGUUUCAUCGCCGGCGAUGAUCGUAAUUCUCAACAGACUUUGUUAAUCGCAGUUCAUUCUGUUUUUCAUCGUGAACAUGAAAGAGUAUCCACAAUUUUAUCAAAUAUAAAUCCACAUUGGGGAGAUGAGAAAGUCUAUCAAGAAACUCGAAAAUUCAUAUCAGCACAAUUCUCAAACAUUGUUUAUUCUCAUUAUCUUCCAAUUGUUAUUGGUGAAACUUAUACGGAUAAAUAUGACCUUCGACCAUUGAUCAAAGGAUAUUACAAGGGUAACUUUUGUUUGUUUUUUUGUGUUUUCAUAACCUCGUGAUAUCAAUUUUUUGAUUGAUAAAGAAAACAGGUAAGUUCAAAAAUAUUUGAACCCUUUUAUAAUAAAAUGUGACUUUUUGAUCAGCAAAAAUAAUUGACCUGGAAUAAUCCCAUCAAUUAAAUAAUCAAAUAAUCAAAGAUGAAUAGGAAAGAAAAAUUUCUGCUGUGUUUUUAUGAAAUGGGAACAUAAUUUUGGAAUUUCUUAAAUAUAUGUUUUUUCUAAUUUUUCUAUCUGAUCAAUUUUCCAACCCCAUAAAAUUUUAGGUUAUGAUGAAAAUUGUGAUGCUUCAAUUCUUCAACCAUUUGCAACAUCAGCUUUCCGACUUCAUUCAACAAUCACAAGAUUUACACCAAUGCAUGAAAAUAUUCUGAAACCGGCAACAAUGGUUGUUGAUUUGGCUAGCGAAUUUAUAAAUAUGACAAAAAUCUAUCAGCCUAACUGUUAGUCGAUCUACAAGAAAUCUGAAUUUUGUUUAAUUCCAAAAAAAUUGUUUCAGCUGUCGAAAAAAUAAUUGGUGGAUUAUCUGGAAAACGACAAAUGCAAACCGAUCGACAUGUCGAUGAUUCAGUUAGAAAUUUCUUAUUCUCAGAUCGUGGAAGACCGGGAACAGGUCUCGAUCUCAUUUCAAUCAAUAUUCAACGUGGAAGAGAUCAUGGAAUAGCGCCUUAUAAUUAUUAUCGAGAAUAUUGUAAACUUGAACCUUUACUUUCCUUCCACUCAUUUUUUGCCGAUAUCAAUCCAGAAGGUUUAGAAGUGUUGGCAAAAGUUUAUGAAUCUCCAGAGGAUAUUGAUUUAUUCACUGGAAUAUUUUCUGAGAUUUUGAUACCUGGUGCAAUUGUUGGUCCAACAGCUGCAUGUAUUAUUGCUGAACAAUUCAAACGUCUCAAAAAUUGUGAUCGAUUCUAUUAUGAGAAUGGGGAUAAUCCGGAUACCCGAUUCACUGAGGCACAACUCAACGAAAUUCGAAAAACUACUUUGAGUUCAUUGAUUUGUGCAAACACAAAACUCACGAAAAUUGCCAAGGAUGUAUUUUCAGUCCCCGAUCAAUUUUUGAAUGCUUUAACAAGUUGCGAUCUUCUUCCUCAAGUUGAUUUUUCAAAAUGGAAAGAUAUCGAAGAUUGCAAUUAUCAUGGCGAAAAAAUCAUUCUCCAUUCAACAACUUUGGUUACACCGUGUAAAUCUUGUACAUGCACUAAAAAUGGAUUGAAAUGCACAUCGAAGUGUAACUUUUUUGAAAAUCAAAUAUAUUCAAAAUGUUGCUAA